AAUAAAAAUCAAAACCCCCCAAAAAUUGUAUUUACUCAGGCAGCUUUGAUUUUGUGUUUUUGCCUUGAGCUUUUUCAAGGAGCCAUGGAGCGAUACAUUUCAUCGUCACCAUCAGCAGCCAAGAAGUUAUACAGCAAAAUCCUGAAACCCCAACAGCAAUUCAUCGCAAUCAGUCGACCACCACCGUGUGAUGUCUUCAUUAACCACCGCGGGAUCGAUACGAAGAGGACUAUUUCUGGGUUGCUCUACGAUCACUUGCGGCGGCUUAGGCUAAACCCCUUUUUGGACAGCAAGAAUAUGAAGCCAGGAGACAAUAUGCUCGGCAAAAUCGAAUCGGCUAUCGGAAGAUCUAAGGUUGGUGUUGCUGUGUUUUCGCCAAGAUAUUGUGACUCGUACUUUUGUCUCCAUGAACUGGCCUUGAUUAUGGAGAGUAAGAAGAAAGUUAUACCGAUAUUUUGUGAUGUGAAGCCGUCGGAGUUGAGAGUUGUGGACAAUGAAAGCUGCGAAGCUAAAGAGAUUCAGAGAUACAAACGGGCUCUUGAGGAGGCUAAGUACACGGUCGGACUCACAUUUGACUCCCAAAGAGAUGACUGGUCGGAGUUCUUGACGAAGGCGACCGACGCAGUGAUAAAGAACUUGUUGGAGGUGGAAGGACAAGGAGGAGGAAGAAGGAGGAUUGGUAAAUAUGUUGUGGAAGGAUUACUAAAAUGAAAACCCAAAAUCAUGGUUUUUUUUUUCUCCAUUACUAAUUAACUCAAUUCUUUUGGUAUCUCUCAUCAAUUAAUUUGUUAAUUCGAUUUUUGUUGUACAAAGAGGGAUACUUAGCUAACACAAACAGUACUUUGUAAUGGGAUGAUCAGGCUUCAAACUAAGUUGUUGAUAGGGACCUGAGUUUAAUUAGUUGUUGAUUCAAUAAGAAUGCACAGAUGGGAUUGGGAAUACAUUUUGUAACUUCCAUAUUGAA